UCGCCGUCAAUGAAAUGUCACAGCUACCUCGGAAAAUAAAUAAUUCGAAAAACGAAAAAAUUAAAGCGUGACCGCAACCGUGCCAACAGUCGCCGCGUCGUCCAGCAUGUAAGCAUGGGUAAUAGAAAACAUGUCGAAGAAGGUCGUCGGCACAGUCAAAAUAAAAUCGGGAUGUUCGCACAUUCUGAAGGAGAACCUGGACAGGAUUUCCGUGCUGUUCUCCGCCGAUCUAGAUGAGCAUGGCAAAGAGAGCGACGGCUUCGUCCUGUACGAUGUCCUGCUCAACGUUCCAGGCGAUGUCGAACGAUCGCUUAGCCCCGAUUUCCUGAGCAGGUUGCAGAAAUAUGUAGAGGACAUAUGCGGGGAGGGAUGUCUGAGGGGCGGUAGCGGUGGUGGCGGCGGCGGCGAGGACUCGAGCUACGACAGCGACUGCGAGGCGGACGGACCCCGCCACCAGGAUGUCUCGCGCACCACCAGCGACACCCUGGCUGCCGAGUACGUCGACUACGUUCAAUCGUCACCGCUCGCUCCGAUGGUCGCCGCCACCACGGCGGACGCCUCCCCCGGGUAUACGGCCAGGGUGGAGUUCGCAUUGAAGCUGGGCUACACGGAGAAGCUGGUGCAGACGGCGCUGCAGAAACUGGGCCAGUCGCCGGAACAGAACGAGCUGCUGGCGGAACUGAUUAAGCUGGGCGCUCAGCGGGGCGCCUCGUGUGACAGCAGCCCGUCCGAAAGCCCGGCCGAUGUCGCGGAGCUCCAGGCGGAACUGGAGGGUCUCGUGCAACUCAGGCCCAUUGUGAUAGACGGCAGCAACGUGGCGAUGAGUCACGGAAACAAGGAAGUAUUUUCCUGUCAGGGCAUCCAGAUUUGCGUGGACUGGUUCAGGUCGCGCGGCCACAAGGACAUAAAGGUGUUCGUGCCGAAGUGGCGGAAAGAGGCUCCGCGGCUCGACAACCCAAUCAGGGACCAGGACAUCCUGGCAGAGCUCGAACGCGACAAGAUUCUGGUGUUUACACCAUCGCGGGUCGUUGUCGGCAAACGGAUGACCUGCUACGACGAUCGCUAUAUCCUCAAAUGGGCAGCCGAAUCAGACGGGAUUGUGGUCAGUAACGAUAACUAUCGCGACUUGUGCCAGGAGAAUGCGGAGUUCCGCAAGAUCGUGGAGGAGCGCGUACUCAUGUAUUCGUUUGUGAACGACGUCUUCAUGCCGCCGGACGAUCCGCUAGGACGGUCUGGUCCCACCCUCGACAACUUCCUGAGGGCGCAACCGCGCAAAGGCGAUCCUCCGCCGCCUUGUCCUUACGGGAAGAAAUGCACUUAUGGCAAUAAGUGCAAGUACCAUCACCCCGAACGGGGGCCGCUACCUCACAAGAGUGUGACCGAAAGGCUCAGUGAGCAUGCGCAGAGGCACAUGCAGGCCAGGGAAGGGGAUCUCAGGAAACAGCCUUUAGGUCGGACGCGUUCGAACGUGCCGCCACCGAAAGAAGCGCACCACGCCGUCGUCUCCAAAAGUCGAAGCGUGGAUAAUGUGGGUGGUUCUGUUUACCAACCGACGCCCGCACCACAAGAAAACCUCCACCGCAAAUUGCAACGUCAGCUCACGCUCAAUCCGGGCGCCGACGUUCGACUGAUGAGGCGGUACGGGCCUCUUGGUCCGCAACAAGGUGCGGCGGUCCAAGGUGGCAUGUCACCGCCUUACAUGCAACACGCCGCCUCAUCCAACUGGGAAGUGCAUCAGCAUGUCACACGAAUAGCCAGCGCACCCGAUUCGUACAAACCGUGGCCGCCGCAAGCACAUCCGCAACACACGAGACACAUGCAGAGGAUUUCGAGCUGCUCGGACCCUCAAUUGAACGUGUGGCCGCCGUGGAGCCAAGGCGCACCCACGGUCGCGUCGCAGGAGGACGCUCGACGUAAACUCCACUAUCAUCUAGCGGCUAUCUUUCCGGAAGAGCAGGUGGUGUCCGCCAUGCAGAUGUACCCCGAGGAGACCAACCCUCAGAAGAUUUGCGCGGCCAUUCUGUCGAUGUUUCCCAAGUCGUAGGUCUUGCGACCGUCUCCUAUUUUGUGAGCUGUGGUUUGGGGGAUCGUUUGAUGUUACGCAUUUGCCCUCAGAUCGCAGCGACGGAUUCGUGUAUUUGUUUUUGUUGUUCUUUGUUCAGAUCUUCCGUAUGCGUGUGACUGACAUUCAUGAUUGUGGUUUGAACGUGGUUUAUCUUUGUAAAUAUUUUACUUGAUUUUAAAAUGUUUCCGUAACGAAAAAAGCGUACAUACAAUUCUAUGUAAAUGUAUAUAUGUCGGGGCACAGAGUGGACAAAUUUAAACAAUUCCUGGAAUAACUGUUUGGUUACAUUGGUGGACAAUGGUAAUGUUUAUUAUUGUCGGCCGCUGUAUAAUUUCAUAGACGCGUUAUUUUUUCAUUGCUACACUCUUUUGAAUUAGUUUUACCCAUUUUGAGUGACAAAUCUUAGGAAUUGAACUUUUCUAUUAUUGCAUAUCAGCUUCAGUAUUCUUAGCCGUACUAAGAAUACUCGUAAGCGUAACAGGUAAUAGCUUUGAAAGUUGGUUUUCGCAGCGUGUUUUUACAAGCAAGAAUUAGAAGUGUCAAGUCAGAUUAAGACAUAUAACUUCAUAUUGAAGGAUGUAAAAAAUGCUUUUAAAGGAUUGUGGUUUUACUCUAGUGAUUAAUAAUUUUAAUAUUGAUAAGUUGAUACUAUGUAUCUCUAGUAAAAUUGUUGCAAUUUUUGUAUUAUAGUAGAGUAUGUUGAGGAUUUUUGAAAAGUAUACCCGUUUUACCCGCGCAAAUUAUUGCACUAUUAUGGUACUUACCGAAAAUGUUAGUGAUGGACGAACUCGAGUUCAAAAGUUGAGUACUACAUGAAUGUACUCGUAACAUUGGUACUCGAACACCAAGUACUCGAAUGAUUA